ACAAGAUUCUAGUAUUAGUUGAUUCAUUUCAAGCAAAUAGUAAAACAAGUGCUUUGGAUAUUGUUGAUUCAUCACAAAAUUUAGAUAAAGAACCAAUUUUGAAUAGUACUUCAAGUGCUACUAAUUCAAGAUCUCUAGCUGAUCCACAUUUUAAAUAUAUUAAUUUGAGAUAG